AUGCAAUGCUCAACCAACCAGAGACAGACGGCCGUUGAAAUGCAAAAUGCCAAUGUCAUACUUACCGGCAUUUUCCCAAUUCACAAGGGGAAAACAUCAGGAUACGGAUGUGGAGACGUCGAUGAAGAUAUAAUGCAAAUAUAUGAAGCGGCUCGUUGGAGUUUGAAAUAUAUCAAUUUAAGAAAUUUGGCGGGAAAUGGAUUGAAGUUGGGAAUGCAAGCAUGGGAUAAUUGUUACUCCGGAGAGCGAGCCGUUAAUGAUGUCCUUAAUUUCUAUCCAGAGGAUAUCUCUCAGGAUAAAUUUUGCAAUGCAAGCAAUUCAGUUAUCACAAUGGGUGUGCUCGGACCUUACACAAGUUGGUCGAGCAAAGCGGUGGCUGACUUAUUGAACAAAUAUCCUGCAUCACAAAUUUCGUAUGGUGCUGCAAAUAGCAAACUGAGCGAUAAAGCUCUAUACCCUUAUUUCAUGAGGACGGCUCCUUCGUCAGGUACUUAUGCAACGAAUUUACUGAGUCUUCUAAGAACUCUCAAAUGGAACCAUCUUGUGGCCAUUUUUACAGACGAUGCAUAUGGCACGAACAGUUUCGAGGAAUUCUUGCGAAUUUCACAGAACACAGAGAUUUGUAUAAGCCAAGCCGUUUUGAUUGAUACUGGCGACAGCGUCAGUCAAAUACAAAACAAACUGGCUCAAAUCGUGCAGACCAAAGCUUCGAUCGGCCUCAUUUUCGCACCCUCCUCUCGGGCCAUCGCCAUCAUGGACGCCUUGGAUAAACGAGGCGAUGCUGGGCACCUACAGUGGAUCCUGAACGAUUUGACUAUUGAAAAAAGCAACAAAAACCGCUACUUGAAAGGCGCUCUCUUGCUAAAUCCGAAAUCGAUUACCAUCAAUGAAUUCGUCAACCACUGGGUGACUCUAAAUCCCAACGCACCCCCAUCGGAAAAUCCUUGGUAUCGAGAAUGGUUCAUGACGAAAUACAAUUGUAAACUUCCGGGCAGUGUACCAACAAAAUUCCAGGCUUUACCCUUUUGCUUUGUCCCCCCGGAAAGUAAAAGGCGGUCGACAUUCACGCAAAAUGCCUACGUUGAACCAGUUGUACUAGGCAUGUUUGCGUUUGCUCGGGCGAUAAAUUCAGCGCACCUUGACCGAUGUUUUGGCCAGUAUUGGAGGCGAAAGGUUUGUCGAGGUGAGAUAUCUAUCUAUCUAUCUAUCUAUCUAUCUAUCUAUCUAUCUAUCUAUCUAUCUAAUUCUGUUCAUAUCUAUCUAUCUAUCUAUCUAUCUAUCUAUCUAUCUAAUUCUGUUCAUAUCUAUCUAUCUAUCUAUCUAUCUAUCUAUCUAUCUGUAUCAAUCUAUUUAAUUUGGUUCAUAUCUAUCUAUCUAUCUAUCUAUCUAUCUAUCUAUCUAUCUAUCUAUCUAUCCCAACUUUUUCUUUCUUUCUUUCUAUCUAUCUAUCUAUCUAUCUAUCUAUCUAUCUAUCUAUUGAUCGAUCCCAGUGCCUUCGUUAUCUAUCUAUCUAUCUAUCUAUCUAUCUAUCUAUCUAUCUAUCUAUCUAUCUAUCCCAGUCCCUUCGUUAUCUAUCUAUCUAUCUAUCUAUCUAUCUAUCUAUCUAUCUAUCUAUGUCUGUUCAUAUUUAUACUUCCGUUCAUAUCGAUGUCAAAAUUUGAUAUCUUCUGUCCCCACCUACUCAGCUCUCAAAAGCUCUUGGUAGUGAUCUAUCAAUCUGCUAAUACCUGCGUUUUUAUUCCCCGCAUCUAUUGUCUGCUCGCAGCUGGCUCGUCCCAAAAUGAUGUCUGGACUCUAAAUAAACUCACUCUUUACGACAAGAACCGCAACUUUGACAUUAGCGCUAAUCUUACAUCACAAUGUCCGACUUCCGGUUGUCCGACAUGUCUUGUAUACUACCAGCGUCCUUAUUUCAAUUUCAUUGGCGGUGACAUACUUAUUGGCGGUCUUUUCUCGGCGCAUGAUUCUGGUCGACUUCCUUUCACCUGUGGGCCGCUUAAUUUACAGAAUGUUCAAGCCAUGAUAGCUUUUCGAUUCGCCAUAAAAAACAUCAAGAAACAAUUUCCGAAAAUUCUGCCGGCCGUCUCUCUUGGAGCAGUGUACAGUGAUGUUUGCCAGAGUAGUACUUUAGUCAAAAGUACUUUGUCUGGAUUCUUAGGCGAGAAACAAGCCUUCCGGGAUAGAACCACGAAUCAGCUGAUUGAACCAAACUUGAUCCAGGCUUACGUGUCGUCGCUGGAGAACAAGCAAUCAAUUGUGGCUUCAAAGCUCUUGGGUAAAUUUAAAUACCCCGAAGUCGAGGCUACAGCAACGACUGUUGAGCUUUCAGACCAGAAAAUGUAUCCUUAUUUUAGUCGUACUGUACCAGGUGAGGGAGAUCAAUUGUUGAUCCUGUCUAAUGUGCUAAAAAGGAAAGGAUGGACAUACAUUCAGGUGGUGUCAAAUAACUACGCGUCAGUCGAAGCCCUGAAAAACUACGCAAAAACAUUGUCAGUAUGUGUUUCCGCUGUACAUAUGAUCGACUCAACAGCACCAGACUAUUCAGAAAUUGUCCGUGGCUUAAAAAAGAACCCAAAUGCGCGGGCUGUAGUCGUUAUUGGUUCACCAGAAGAGGUCAACGCAUUGCUGGCUGCGUUGAGCAAGCAGAACGCGUUCAAAGACUUCGUGUUACUCGGUACUAACAGUUGGGGUAUCUCUUCUCGAGCUGUCGCCAACCAGGGAGUAGCAGCUGAUGGUAGCAUCACAUUGACCACUGACCCAGGCAGUGCUAACGAUUUCAAGCAAUACCUCGACCAGCUUGAUCCGAAGUCAGAUGCACUUCUCACCGAAUGGUACCAGAAAUUAUUUGACUGUUAUCUUUACGCUGGGGCCCAGGGGUCAUAUGCUAAAAUGUGCAGCACAAAUAGGUUCACGUCUUCAUCGAAAUUCGUCUUAGACAAAUCUGUUUAUUACACCAUCAACGCAGUGUACGCCGUCGCGUUGGCUUUAAACAACACAAUUAACCACUACUGCGGAAUCAACAAAGGCGCAUGCGUGGCUUUUAGAGCAUCUCGCUAUGACACCGGAUCAAUCAUUUUGAAAUCGAUCAGAGAUGCAACUAUUAUGGAUGCUAAUAAAAUGCCGUUUGUAAUUAAAAAUGGCGAAGGACAAUCUAAUUUCUUGAUUCACAGCUACAAAAAGAAUAACGGCUACAGUAAGAUCGGCAUUUAUAACGUUGCUAAUAAUCUGCUUCAACUGAAUCCAGCUUCCUCUGUGACGUCAGUGUGUCCGGGUACUUGCUACGAAUGUCACCAAGUGAAUAAAAAGAACUACAUUUACACUCGCGGUCAACUAACAAUCGCCGCCAUCUUGGGUAUUCACAGACCCACCUCUCUGGCCAGUCCGUUCUUGUGCGGUGACCAGAUCAACGAUUACCAAUUUGUGACCGCUCUGGAAUAUGCGAUUCAUUCUAUUAACAGUGGUCAGGCACCGGUCGGUCUGAACGGCAUCCGGCUUGGUUCGCUGAUUCUGGACAGUUGCAACCUCGACACACGGGCUUACGGAUUGAUGUCUGCCGUAUAUUCAGGCUCUUACCAGGUUGCCGAGAAAUUCCGACCCAAUGAAAUUGUCGCCUGGAUGACGGAUACAAGCGGCGCAGCUAGUCAGAUGGGUUAUCUAGCCAGCAAAUUGAAAGUUCCGUUGGUCAGUCCUUCUGCGACCAGCCAGAGUUUAAUGGAUAGAUCAAAAUAUUCAACUUUUUACCGGACCAUACCGGGUGAUGAGAGUUUGUCCAAUGCUAUCGCCAAGUUGUGUCGAAUCAUGAACUUCCGUUAUAUACAAACAAUUGCUUCAAGUGAUCAAUUCUCCUUGGAAUCAGCGUCGAUGCUGAAGGACCUUGGCAAGCAAGAGGGAGUCUGCGUGGUAGCCAGCUUCCAAAUUGGAACCGGGACAAAAAUGGAGGAUAUUCUUAAAUCAGCGCGGCAAAAUGAGGCCCCUAUUGUAUUGUUCGUCAGUCUCAACGAACUAGAAGAGUUGCUGAAAGUCAAAAAAGUGCCAGAAGACAAUAACCUGAUUUUAAUUACUCCCAACACAGUGACUGAGAUUGUCAAAAAGUAUCCGUUAGCCGCUCAAAACCUUCUAUCGACACAAAUUCUAUCCGCAGUGGAUCUCAAACCAUAUUUGGUGUAUAUGGCAAGUCAACGUCCGAACGAUGUUUCUUUUACCCACGAAUUGUGCGGAAUGAAUUACUCAAGCAUUUGCUCGGCUUUUUACGCGUCAAACAAGCAACCAGAAUUAUUGUUGAAAAAUUUGGAUAAAGCCAAUAUUCCCAAAAGUAGUACCCGGGCCGACUUCCGGUUCGUUAACAGAGAAGGCAGCGCUACUUAUGAAAUACUUCGAUUCAAUGGUAAUGUUUACCAGAAAGUAAGUAUUCUUAUCUAUCUAUCUAUCUAUCUAUCUAUCUAUCUAUCUAUCUUAAAUUUUUUCCAGAAAAAAGAGUGA